UGGGCCAUUUUUAUUCUCUUUUUCACUCCUCUUUUUAUUCUGUUGUAUUUUUAUGGUUUAUUCUUCUGUUUCUUAAAAGUGACCUCCUUGCAAAAUGAUUCUUAUAAUAGUUCUUCUAUAUAUAAUCUAUAAAAUCGCGUCUUUCAUCCGCUUCUACAUCAUCGGUCGGCGUACUGGAUUCCCUCUCAUUCUCACUCCAAUCUUUUCCCAGGGCAUCCUCUGGAUGGUCCUCGGCCCAACCCUGCAGCCUGUCUUCCAGAAAUACCUGCCCGAAUGGAUCUAUAGACGGUUAGAUAUUGUCACAAAUGGAUGGGAUUUCCGUCGAAAGAAUCAAAUGCAUCUCCAGUUAGGCAAGGCAUUUGUGGUAGUCUCACCAGAUGAAUGCUCAUUAUGGGUCGGUGAUCCUGCCCUCGCUGCUGUUGUUCUCGCGCGACGCAAGGAUUUCGUCCAGCCGGCGAUUGUCGCCCAAUUCCUGGAUUUCUUUGGGACCAACAUUCUUACAUCAAAUGGCGAAGACUGGCAGCGCCAACGAAGGAUUAUUGCCCCGAAUCUCAAUGAAAGCGUGAUGGAGGUGGUGUGGCAGGAGAGCUGCCAACAAGCAAGAUCGAUGCUGGGCUAUCAAAUCCAACAUGGAGAGACGAACAAGACACUGGACGGUCUGCGCAGCGUGGCGAUCAACGUGCUUGGCCAGGCUGGAUACGGUCAGAACCAGGCCUGGUCCCCUGAUUUCUCCAAGAGUAUCGCAUCAGAGGCAUCGCCAGCAUCUGGCUCAGAGGCACCGUCAGCACGCAUGGCAUACUUCCGCACUAUUUCAAUGGUAACAGAGCAUUUCGCAGAGGCAGCUUUGAUUCCGGCGUGGAUCAAGACACUACCCUUCAUGCCGGCCCAGCUGAGGCUGCUGGGGCGCCAGAUGCAGCGGGUGCCGGAGUAUAUCCAGGCGAUUCUUGAGGGGGAAACCGGCUCUGAUGAGAACAAAGAUCAAAUGAAGAGACAUAACUUUCUGGAUGUACUGGUUGAAUUUGCAGAUAAUAAGAACACCAGCGACAGCAAUAAGAAGAGCCUGUUCUUGUCCAAGGAAGAGAUAAGUGGCAAUCUCUGGAUCUUCACAGGCGCUGGCUUCGACACAACUGCCAACACUAUGGGCUACGCCGUCCUCCUCCUCGCCGUGUAUCCGCAAUGGCAGGCAUGGAUUCAGGAAGAACUGGACGACUUGGUUAUGGACACAUCUGACUGGGAAUAUACCACUAUUUUCCAACACUGUCCGCGACUUUUAGCUGUGAUGUUUGAAACGCUUCGGUUGUAUACGCCCGUCGCGCACGUCAGCCGCGGCGUCAAAUCCCCCCAACAAUUAGCUGCUGAGAAGGGCACACAUCUCCUCCUUCCCCCAAUGAACGUGUACAUUGUCUCGCAGAGUCUACACAUGGACGCCUCCAUCUGGGGCCCAGACGUGAGCGAGUUUAAUCCGGCGCGCUGGAUCGACCAAACAACAGGCCAGCCCGUGACGCCGGAAAGGGGUGCGUUUCUGCCCUGGUCUGGGGGCCCCCGCGUGUGUCCCGGGAUGAAGAUGUCGCAGGUGGAGUUUGUGGCGACGCUGGCGACUCUGUUUCAUGGGGCAAAAUGUGAACCUGUGCAUACCGGGGUGACAGUAGAGGAUGCACGCCACAGGCUGAAGAAGAUGAUGGACGAUUCGGCACCCAAGUUGACCUUGCAGGUGAAGGAUCCGAAGAUGGUGAAUCUAAGGUGGACGCCUAGGGAUAGAAGGUAACACAAUAUCACAUUUAUAAGUAUAUCAUCAAAAAGAUAUAUAGUAUAUAAUAGUGAGAUGGAUCCUUACUGUCUUAGAUAAUCAUUAAUAAUUGAUUAGUACACUAAGAGACAGAUAGAUUAUAUCCUAUUAAUACACUCAUAAGCCUGC